AUGAGGCCCGCAAGGAAGCAUGGAAAGGCGGAGUCGGAGGAGAAGGCCACGCCCUCGCGGAGGGUCGGCGUUUCCACUACCCGCCGUGCUGUCGGCUCCGCAGCAGAUAAGGAUGCUGCCCCAAAGGUCGGGAGCAGGUCAACCAGGGUGGCGGCAGCCGUCAGCACACCUGAGCGCCCAAAGAAGCCCGCUGUAAAGAAAGCUUCGUCGUCGGUGCCAAGCUACAUGCGGCCAACCAAGACCUCUCUGGCACACAAGGGCCGCAAGGAGAAAGAAGCGGAAGAAGAGAUGCUGGCCGCUGACACUGCUGCAGCCAGCCCCAGUAUGGGUGCAGAGCCUGCUGCUAACAAGAAGCUCUCAACACGUCCAACGACUCCAUCGAAGGAUUAUGAGGACAGCAAGCCUGAUCGUGAGGAUCAACUGCUCGCAGCCCCAAGCGAGGUUACGCCAGGUGGGCCGGCUGCUGCAAACUUAGAAGAGAGCCACCUGUCCAUGGAAAGCACCACGGGAGACUCGCAUCGUGCAGAUGCACGACCCAAGAAAGAGGGGAAGGCUGCUUCCUCAGAUGUGAAGCAAACAGGUGGCGCAAAAGCAAAACCUGUGAGGCUUGCCCUCAGUCCUACAAAGGACUUGAAAACAGAAAAGAAGAAGCUAACCAGGCCAGUUGGCAAGAUUGCGAUGGGAAGUAAGGCCAGUGCUGAGCGGAGCAUACAUGCCAAGCGCGAGGCCCUGUCCCCUAAAUCUCCUCCCAGAAGGGAGUCACCCAGCGCCAAGCCGUCCAGCAGCCUGGAGGACGGUAAGAAGGCUCGUGCUGCUGCCAAGAAGACUCCCAGUACGCCUCAGAAAAAAAUUGUGAAAGACGGUACGCCAGCUGCCACUGUUGGAACUGCAGCACAGAAUCUUCCUAAAGAAUCCGACUGUUCUGAGGACAAAGUACAGGAACCUAGCAUUCUCCAAGAGAUGGAGGGUGCCACAUCGGGGACAAAAAGUCUGGCGCUUCCAGGCCAACCUGUUGCCAAGACACCAGAGGUGGUUGAGGACAAGCCCUGUGAAGAACCUCCGCAAGAACAGACCUCUGUUGUGGAUUUGAAAUCAGAAGGUUCUUUCUCCCAGCCUGCAGACAAGGAUGUGGAAGUGGCCAAGAAAGAGGGCAAUGAACCAAAGAGCCUUGUGAAGCCAGGUCGGCCUGGAGCUGAUGGGGUUGCUGCUGCUGGGGAUCUGGGCACCUCUGGUGUGCCAGGGAGCAAGGGUAGUGAAGACAUACCAGUUGAGGCGAGGUUGAAUUCCGCGAACCUGAGCCAGAAGGAAGAAUCCAGGGUGGCAGACGAUGCAGGGCGCAAGGAGGAUGCCGGUCUAGAGGCUGCAGAAGACCAGCCAGUUGGCAAGGAUGUCUUGUCAACUAAGGAGCCCGCUGUUCCACCGAUGGGGCUUGCAGCUGAACCACAGCCCAUUCGGGGACAGACGGCUGGGGAUGACUUUGAUCUGCAAGGAAGCGUACAAAGCAGUGCACUGGAAGCACACCCUAUGCGGGUGGUGCCAGAAGUGUCAGAUGUGCAGGUUCCUUACCAAAAGUCGUCAUUGAAGGAUUCGCUGGAUGCUGAACGGAAGGAGGCUGCCAUGGCAGCUGCACGUAGUGCUGCCGUUCCUACUUUUGUUGCUUCAAACAUGACAGAAGGCAAGCAGCCCACAGGACAGGUUGAGGACAUGCCUGCACAGGGUUGCAAGGAGGCUGGCCCUGUGCUGGGGAGUGAAGCUGUGGUAGAACUGAAUGAGGCAAAGGAAACGGUGGUUAGCAGUGAGCUUUUGGGUGUCGCUACGCCACCGCAGACAUGUGAGACACAAGUCCCCUCUGAGACAGAGCAGGUGCCAUUGCAGCAGGCAGCUGCAAAGGAGAUUUCAAGCAAGCUGCCUGCCACAGGAGAUCUGGCUGAAAGCCUUGAUGCGAAGGAGCCUGUAUCAAAAGAGGAAGGAGGGCCAGCUGAUCCUUCUCAGAGUGAAGGGGUGUGCUUGGGCGAUGAGAGAGCGGAUUGUGCCAAACCAUCAGCCGAUGAGAUAUCAGGCAGCACAGGUGAGGCAGAAAAGGCUCUGGUAUCAGAAGAGGUGGCGGCACCUGCAGCAAAGGAUGAGCCAACUGAAGUAGUUUCAAUGCCAAGGGCAGUGACAGAUGCGUGCAAUACAGACAAGCCUCCUGAAGCUGUAACAGUGGAGGACGAUGGAGCAGAGUGCACCAAGCAGUCAGCUGGUGGGGUGUCAGGCAGCGCAUGUGAGGCAAAGGAGUCACUGAUUGAAGCUGAACCAGCGGUGUCUGCGGAGGGAGGCGAGUUUGCCAAGGUUGUGCUGACUCCAGAGCCACCAACUGAAGCCUGUGAUGCAAGCCAACCUGCUGAAGUUGUGCCAACGAAAGAUGAGGCAGCAGGCCAAGCAGCUGAUGUUGCACCUGUGAAGGACGAGGGAGCCGAUUGCAGCAGGGCAUCUGCUGAUGGCAUAUCUUCCAGCACAUUUGAGGCAAAGGAGUCGCUGACUAAAGCCGAGAUAGAGGUGACUCCAGAGGUGACUGCAGAGGAGGGCGAAUCUACCAUGGUUUUGCCAACUUCAGGGCCACUGGCCGAAGCCUGCGAUGCAAACAAGCCUCCCAACGUUGCACCGAUGAAGGAUGAGCCAGCAGGUCAAGCAGCUGAUGUUGCACCAGUGAAGGAUGAGGGAGCAGAUCGCAGCAAGGCAUCUGCCGUUGGGACAUCUGCCAGCACAUUUGAGGCAAAGGAGUCACUGACACUAGCCAAGCUGGAGGUGUCUACAGAGGUAGGCGAGUCUGCCAAGGUUGUGUCGACUCCAGAGCCACUGACCGAAGCCUGUAAUGCAAGCCAAUCUCCUGAAGUUGUGCCGACGAAGGAUGAGGGAGUGCAAGGAAGCAAGGCAGGUGCUGAUGAGCUGUCAGGCUGCGCAAUUGAGGUGGAGAAGUCGUCGAAUGAAUCAAAGGCAGCCGUGUCAGCCCAGGAUGGCAAGUCUGCAGAAGUGGUGUCAGUGCCAGAGCUGCCAACUGAAGUCUGCGACACAAGCCACCCUUCUGAAGUGCCAGUGGAGGUACCAGUGGAGGACAAAGAAACUGAUGGCAGAAAGGUAUUAGGUGAUGAAAUAUCAGGCAGCACAAGUGAGGCAGAGAAACCUCAGCCGGCAGCAGAGGCAGUGGCAUCUGUGGGUUUAGAGGAAUCGGUGACAGCUGUGUCAGCGCCUGAGCCACCAGCCAAAGCCUGUGAUGCGAAUAAACCUCGGGAAGAGGCGCCAGUCAAGGAUGAGGAGUUGGAUCGCAGCAAGCCUCCAGCUGAUGCUAUAUCAGGCAGCAUAAUUAAGGCAGACAAGUCCCCGAUUGAAGCAGAUAUAGUGGUAUCUUCAGAAGGAGGUGAGCCGGCCAAGGUUGUGCCAGGCCCAGUAUCACUGGGCGAAGCCUGUGAUCCACACCAGCAUCAUGAAGAGGUCAGGGCAACAGAGGGGGCAGAAUCUAGCAAAAACAAGGCAGAGUUAGAGAAAGAGCCAGACAAUAGCCACGAUGCUGAGGCUCACAAAGGCGCUGAGGAAAAGCAACCUCCUCCAGAUGCUGAUGUGCUGCAACCUGUUGAUGGAUGUGACUUCAGCAGUGAAGACACAACUUCUGCCAAGCAUGCAACUGCCGAGGGUGGCAAAGUGGCACAUUCUGAACCCGUGGCUGAGAAGGCAUUGUUAAAAGUUGGUGAGGCUGUGGUUGAUGUGGAGCCACCAGCAGUGCAUGUGCCAAUUGUCGAUUGUGUAGCUACUGAAGCUGCCCCAACAGAGGUGCCGCCAAAGAGUGUUGCCAACUUCGAGAGCACUGGUAUAACCCCGGCUGCUGAGGAAAUGUGCAAGGACAACAAGCCAGAGGAAGUUGUUGCCAGUGCCUCGGCUGUUGUGCUGAAAGAAGAAUACGGAACCCCUGGCGAUGCUGCGAUUGCCCCUCCUGAGGCACAUGCCAAGGACUUUCAGCCAGAGGCAGCUGUUGGGGACUUGGAUUGUAGUGCAGCUGAGGACAAGAGUGAUGCCAAGAUUGAACACCAGUUGGAGCUGCCAAUCGAUAGCUCUGAGGUAGGCCAAGCUGCUGCCAAAGCUGAAGACCCAACUCUCAAGCAUGCAGGUGGUGCCGAGUGUGAUAAGAUGCCAGUUCCGUUGGCAGCAGAACCAACUUUUUCUGGGUCGACUGGCGGCUUGCCAGCCGAUACAAACGAUGCUGAGUACAAGGUUGAGGGAGCAGCAUUUUCAAUAUCAAACCAGGCCACUGACAUAGCACAAUUCACUGCUGAGGCUGGUGGUCCCAUGGACAGGGGUGGGAAUGAGACAGCAAUAGUUGAUGAGCAAUCGAAUGUGGUAGCAUCGGCUGUGACGCAUGUACCAGAUGAAGAUUGUGGGAAGGCCCAGGAUAGUGCUGCAAAUGUUGCAGAUGAGGGCAAUUGUGGCAGCAAACUGGCAGAUGCUGCGAUGCUGAUUGAAACAGAUGGGGCAGAAAAAGGUGCUGACGUCGCACAUCAGGCCACACCAAAUGCUGACAGCGUAGCUGCUGAUGGUUGCAAGGCACUGGAUGGUGCAACACAAGACAGCAAUGCAGAAACAGGGAAAUCGAAAGACACGCCUGUUGAGUUUGUGUCCAGGGAGGCUGUUGAAGCCAGAUGUGUUCAUGAAGCAUCAGCUGUGCUGGUGCCCACUGAAACUUGUGAGGCUGGUGCUGGACAAGAACAGUUGUCAUCGACAGUGGAAGGCGCUGAACACAAUGAGGCCAAGGGUGAUGAUGCACCUUCCAUUGUGGACAAGCCAGCUGAGAGUCGUGAGGCAAAGCAGGAUGUUCCUCAAGGAGCGCAAGGCCUCUGUGAAGGGAACGGUGGGGCUAUGACUGAUGAACAGCUGCAGGCUGUGGUGGCGACGAACGGGACAGCAUUGAAAGAGGGAGAGGAGAAUGUUGAAGGUACCCCUGUAGCAGGUGCACCUGCAGCGAACAGUGAUGUGCAGGACGUCCCAGAUGAAAAGGUUCCUGUGGUGCAGGAAACAGUCGAAGUCUGUGAAAUGGCACUAGUUGACAGUCUGCCAGAAGCUGCAGGAGUGGCCAAGAGCUCUGAGGAAACAGAUCCCUUGCCGGUCGAUGUAACAGCAACAGCUGGAUUGGAGGCCGUGGCUUGCAUAGAGUCCCCAAUAACAGAAGAACAGGGGUCUUCUGCCAUCACUGCUGACGACCAAGAGGAAGCAAAGAAUGAAGACGCAAAUGGUCGGCAGCCUGCAGAGGUUCCGUCUGUGCUUGGAAAUGAAGCCUCCGCUGGUGAUCUGGAAGAGGAAUGCAAGGAAGAUGUUGUUUCUGAAAAAUGUGAUAAAGGAAUGGACACUGUGUCCCCAGCAACUAAAGCUGAUGCUGCAAAGGCCACUGAGCAGGGGGCAAUUGAAGGCGAUCGACAAUUGGAUGAUGCCGAUCAGUUGAUAGUGACCCCUGCUGAUGGUCAAACCUAUGCAUUGCAGGAGCCCGAAAGUUUGGUCGAACAAUCUGCUUCUCUAGACACAAAGGAAGGAAGUGCUGCCGAAGACACGUUGACUGUGGCUGAGCAGAGUACACUGCGUCAGACUGUGCCCUCAUUUGUGGUGCCAGGGGUAGCACCUGGGGGCAGGCCUAUUGACGUUUCUGCUCGCUCUGAGCUGAGCGAUGAGCCUUGGAGCAUGUGUGUGGAAACUGGAAGCAGACUGUCGAUGGGAUUGGGCAGCGAUUUAGGCGAUGAUGUUCUUGGUACUGAGUGGGCUGCUGGGCGUGCAGCUGCCAGCAUUGCAGUGAAUGUCCAGAAUGAGAGUAGUGGUGCUGAAGGCAUUGUGAAGCAAAUUGUCGAAGACAUAUUCGCAAGGGUUGCCGGCCAGGAAUGCAGGAUGGGAACUUUUGUCAAUGAAGAGGUUGGGAAAGUCGAUGCAGUUGCAGAUGCAGCUCCUGCAAUUGAAGGUGGUGAAAGUGCAGUGAUGGCUGAUUCCGAGAAAGCUGCUGAGGCAAUCGUGAAAGAUGUUUCUGAUAAGAUCGCUGCUGCACUCCAAGACCAAGGAUGGUCAUGA